GGGCCGGGCCGGGAGCAGCUACACAGCGGAGCCGCGCGCCGAGCAGCCCCGAGACCGCCGCCGCCAUGUCCCGCCAGGCGCCCCGGGGCCCGGCCGUCCGUGGCCUGCCCGCCUGACCCCCCGCCCCGAGCAGACGCUUUUUCCCCCCGGGGCCCUCGCCCAGCGCCUGCCUCUGCGGGCCCCGUGGGCCCGGGGACUAGGGGCUCGGCGGCAUGGAGAAGUACGACGACCUGGGCCUGGAGGCCAGCAAAUUCAUUGAAGACCUCAACAUGUACGAGGCCUCCAAGGACGGGCUGUUUCGGGUGGACAAGGGCCUGGGCAACAACCCUGAGUUCGAGGAGACCCGCCGGGUGUUCGCCACCAAAAUGGCCAAAAUCCACCUACAGCGACAGCAGCAAGAGGAGCUCCUCGCCGCUGCCUCCGGCUCGCUCAACGGUGGCAUCGGGUUUGGCGCCCAGCACCAGCCUCCCGGCAUCCCUGUCCACCGGGUCGCUCCUGGCAAAUCGCACGGGGGAGACCAUAUGGCCAAGCCGCCCCUGGCCGCUUCACCGGCCGCAUCCAUGUGUGCGGCCCAUCAGCUGGCUUUUCCCAGUCAGCCACAGAUGUUUCCCGAGGGACAGCGUACCAGGUUAGGCCACGACGGCAAAAGAGCCAGUGGUGAAUAUGGCUGUAGCGAGGGGCUGGGCAAUUCUGAGCUCUCUGGAGGAUACGGGUUUCACCGAGCGACGAAUCUUGGUGCUGCCAGACCGUCUUUCCCUUCUCUUUCUCAUGGAGAGUAUUGCAACGACGAGGGCCAAACAGGUCUGCGGGGUUGGGGAGGAGACCCUGACAAGCUGUCCAUGCCGAGGUCUGGUAUGGGGAAUGUGUGGUCAAAUGUUAAUCGCAGCGAUCAGUUACCCAGGAGCCCCACAAAGCCCCAAGCUGAUCCUCACCUUUACCAGCAUCAGCAGUCCCUAGGCUCCUGCCGGUCUUCUGAGAGCGGGUACGGGAGCCCAGAAAAUGGGAGUGAAGGCAACAGACUCAGUCAAGGCUAUGAUCAAAAGCCAGCUAGUCAGAGGUCUUCCUCUUUCUCUCACGCUCCAACAGCCUUGUCCUCCUCCACAGGGUUUGAGGACCAGGUCAGAGCAGGACUGCCACAGCAGAGAUCUUCCUCUUUUUCAGUCCCAUCAAGAUUGCCUGCUCAGGGUUUUUCAGCUCAUUCUGAUCCGUACAACACAAAUGCCAGAGCGGAGAUGCCAGCCUUGGGCAUCUCAGACAAAACGAGUGAUAACCAGUUAUGGUACCACAACCAUCCUAGAUCCUUCUCUUCCAGUUCAGCUUCUGCUCCGUUGCCUCCAAGUGUGGACUAUCAGCAAGCCAGUGCUUGUCCCAGCUCCACUGGCCAUUUCAUAGUUCAUGGUCAAAAUCACAGGCUUACUUCCACUGGCUGUGGCAUAAGCCCUGAGCACACUUCCACUGACAUAGCUUCACAUGGGCCAAUGAUUUCUGAUGCUCCAAAAUCUCCAUUUAGAGAGGGCAUAAACAGUCUGCCAUCUGACUCCGGGCAUCAGGAAAACUCCAGUUCUACAAAAGUAAAAUUACCGUGCCAAACCCUCCUUCCACAGCAGGAGCAAGGGCCAUCUGCAGCUGAAUUAAAAGUAGAAGCACUUACCCAGCGUCUGGAGCAGGAGAUGGAUGCUCGUCCCAAGGCUGAUUACUUUGGAACCUGUGUAAAAUGCAACAAAGGCGUGUAUGGAGCCAACCAAGCCUGCCAAGCCAUGGGGAAUCUCUACCAUGAUGGUUGCUUCACUUGUGGAGCGUGCAGUCGAAAACUGAGAGGAAAAGCCUUUUAUUUUGUCAAUGGAAAGGUGUUCUGCGAAGAAGACUUCUUGUAUUCUGGUUUCCAGCAGUCAGCUGACAGGUGUUUCAUUUGUGGCCAUUUAAUAAUGGACAUGAUCCUGCAGGCUUUAGGGAAAUCAUACCAUCCAGGCUGCUUCCGUUGUGUGAUCUGUAAUGAGUGUCUGGAUGGAGUGCCCUUCACUGUAGACACAGAAAACAAAAUCUACUGUGUCAGAGACUACCACAAAGUUUUGGCUCCCAAGUGUGCAGCAUGUGGACAUCCCAUUUUGCCAUCUGAGGGGUCUGAUGAGACCAUUCGAGUUGUGUCUAUGGACAAGGAUUACCACGUGGAGUGUUAUCACUGUGAGGAUUGUGGGAUGGAACUAAACGACGAGGAUGGGCAUCGCUGUUACCCACUAGAGGAUCAUUUGCUUUGUCACUCCUGUCACCUGAAGCACAUAGAGAAGGGCACGACUCCCUCCCCUGUGUACCCGCAUCACUACUAGUUGGCACUGCACAUUUGUUGGAAGCCUGUCCGACAGUGCAUGUUUAUCCCUAGUUGAUUUCCAGCCCACAUUUUCCCCAAUCAGCAGUUUUUGCAGUUGGAAGAUAAAGAGGCUUUUAGUUACAUUUGCAAGGACUGUGUGCAUGUGAACUCUUCCCUGUGUCACAUGAUGUCCAUCCGAAACAAGAACAUGGAACAUUAUCCAGCUGGUCAUCUUUUUUUUCCCCCAAGAGGCAUUUUAUUCACUUGGGAAGAUUUUUCAGUAAAAGCACAACUCUCCAUCAACAUCAGUGAGCUUGUAACAUGCCAUGCACAAUUAAUGAGCCACAGACCUGCUGGGAACAUUUCUUCAGGCUUCUAAGUGGUUUCUGACAAGCACAUUUCAUUGAAUCCCUUGAGGAUAUCAACUUAUUAAUACUGACUCUUUGACUUCCCUUUAUAAGUUUUCAAAAAAAGUUUAAUGCACAAAAGCACAUCCAGACCUUUCAUUUGCUACCCAGAGCUCUGGUAUCAGCUAGGUUGUGAAAUAAUUGUGACAUAGGAAGGUGAUUUGCCACUUGGCUACUGAAUUUCCACGUCCCAAAGAUUAUUAAAAACAAGCCCCACACACAAAACAGCAAACCGGAGCAAACUCUAUUCAGGCAUCUUGGCACGUGUCCCUGUAUUACUGCUUGCUUAUUAGCAGGAUACAUAUGGAUCAGCUUCUAUAAAGUCUGACUAGUGGAUUACACUUGGAAAGGUCUAGAUGCCAAAAGUAUCUGAGAGGGAAAUCCACCUGCCUUUCUGUCUUGCAGAGGUCACUUUAAAAAAGAGCUUGGUGCCUCCAGCAGCCUGCGUAAGCCUUUCAUUUUGUUCCUGGAGCUCAGAUAUCAGCAUUGCUGUGAAAUAGGUAUGAGUCAGAAAGGCCUGGUAUUUAGUUCUAAGAGUGGUUAUGCAGCUUGUAGUGACUUCUCUGUGGUACUGAUUUUAGAGAUCUGGGAACAUUUUGCAGGUUUUAUGUAUAAACAGAUUUAGGGCCAAGCUUUGCAACUAUUACUCAUAUGGGUAACCUUAUUGGCAUAAACAGGGUUGAUCAAAUGAUUAACAGUUGCUUACAUGAGCCUUGGAUUUUUGCAGGAUUAGACUUUCACUUUCUACCCUGCACAAAGAAAAAAGCCAGAUACUUUACCUCUUUUUAAACACAUCUGCCUUUUUAAUUAAAGAACAUUUCUCCCACUAGUGCACAGCUGUGAGUUGCACAUGCAUUAGGUUUCUCUACAGUGUAUGUACUCUAUAAAUACUUUACAGAAACUGAUGUAUAGGUACAGUUGUUUAAUUAAAAAAUCCCCAGCUGUUUUAGCUGCCAUUUAGUAUUGUAACUGCCCUCUCCCACAUACCCUAAAUAUAUGAAAACUAACUAAAACUGAAUGCUAAGCUUGGUUGAUAGUAGAAUAUUCACUAAUUUCUAGGAUCUAGCAUAAAUAUAAAUUAGUUGACAAGGGUAACUAAAUUUCAAGUAUGAGCCUCACCAGAGUAGCAAUAUGGUCCAACCAAAUGCCUCUCCCAAACAUGGCUUCUUGCUGUGAUUUGGAAAUACAUUGUUAUAUUCUGCUGCCCUUACUCCCAUUGAAUAGCACCUUACUCUGGCACGUGGCAGACCUACUGCUGUGCAUAGUGGAAUAAGCUGGGGGGGGGGGGGGAGCAGGGAAGAAUGCAGUCUAUGAUGACUGACUGAUGUAUGUUUAUUUCCCUCUCCUUCCCACUUUUUCACCCAGCAUCACUAGCUUAGAGCAGAGAGAAGCUUCCCAGCAAAGCACUUCCUACAAAUAGUUAAGUCCACUCUAACUUUGGUUUGCAGAAUUAAACCCCAGUUGAUUUUUUUUUUUUUUCACCAGAUGUCACAAGACAUUUUUGUCCCGCAAAUCUGUAGUUCACAGCAUCCUAAUCAAAGUCCUCAUUCAUUCCUGUUUUCAGUCACCCCAGUAAAAGUAUUCCUCUGUGCAGGGGAAUUCCAGAUGUACCAGUCACCCUAUUAAAAGGACAAAUGUUCAUGGCUUUGUCAAAACUCUUGAUAAUGCUAUUCUUUGUUUCCUGUGGUGGAAGGUGCAAAGGAACUGAUUUCCCCCCAUCUUCGCACAUGGCCUAGUCACAGCAAGACAAGCUGCUUUCCCUUUUUCCCUACUCCUUUCAGCCACCUUUCAUUGGGGCUCUCAUGCACACAGUAUUUCUUACAUCAUCUUAGGAACCUUUUCCCUUGUGUCUUUCAUCUUACUGUCUAGUAACAAAGACUUUAUUACAUAUCACCAUUUACUGUAAGGCAAGUAGAAAUAAAUGCAGCUCAGCAAUCUGGAGUUUUGGGUCAAGAUUGCUUGGUCAGCCAGAUCUUUAAUCAGUAGCACAAGUAAAUAGAUUGUAUGGGUUGAUUCAUAAUGGGGGACAGUUAGUGAAAGAUGCCCUUCUGGUUAUGUUUGUUUGGUUGCCUCGGAUGAAACUUGGAUGCUCUGCACUGGUCUAAAUUGCUCUGGGCUUUGAUUUUUUGCACUGGAGAGCAAACCACUUGCUGACCUACUUCUAACCCAUCUAUCAGUGUUUCAGUUUGACUGCUUCCUUUUGGGAUGGUGGCACUGCGAUAGGAUUGUUCAUAUCACAGAAACUAAGAGGUUAUUAACUAGGGCUAGUACUUACCUCAUUUACUGGGGUGGCUUAGUUCAGGAACCCUUUUAUUUCCAAAGACUCCCAGGGAAGGCUAGAGAAAUAUCAUUAAAGGUUUGGUAGUUACUGCAAUAAUAUAGAAAGACAUACUCACACUAUAGUACGUGCAACUCUUAGGCUUGUAUACAUAUGGGAGUUUUGGCCCUGACCUCAGCAGGAGCAAAAUCAGCCACAAAAUGUGUAAGGGCUCUGAGUCUCAGUGUGUAGUUACUGGAUGGCAGAGAGGUGAUAAGAAAAUGGAGCAGAGUUGCUAUACAAAAGUAGCGUGAUAUACAAAAGUAGUAACAUAAAGGCCAGAUCCUACCAGGUGCUGAUCGCCCUCCACUCCCUUUGGCUCUACUGGGAAUUGAGGGUGCCCAGAACUGCACAGGAUUAAGACUUUGUUUGCCUCCUACACUUCCAGUAACAGCGUCGUUCAGAAAAGAGACUGAAAUCCAAGAUCGCUUCAGGGUACAUGAAUAGCAAAUGAUGCCAGUUGGCAGCUAAGAGCAUUGCUGAAUAUUCCUGUUGGCUAAGAUGUUCUGCAAGCGACUAUAUAAAUGAUUCUUGGAGGAGAUGAGAUAUCAAAGUCAGGCAUUGCAGUACUACUCCACCCUCAAGAGACCCGUGUCCUGUGACUAGCAGUUUUGUUCACUAUAGAAUUACAGAGAGCACUUGCUUUCUGCCCAUAGUUUUGAGGAGAUCUGAAACUCUGAGAAUGACACUCAAGAAGACAGUCUCUUCUUAGCACCUGAUGAAAUAAGCUGCUGCUUAUUAAAGUUUGUGCCUUUAUGAUUUAGUCAGUCUACAAGGUGGAAAUCUACCUUGCCUUCUACUCUGUUAAAAAAGAAAACAGGCUCAGUCACCAUGCAGGGUUGCUCUGGAGAAAUGCAGCUUGGGGGUAGUGGGUCUAUUUGGAGCAGCAGAACUAAAGCAGAAAAAAAGCACUCUUGCAAGAAGUCUGGCCAUUACUAAUUUAAAAAUAGACCCAUGGAAAACAAUUCAAUGACAUUCAAGCACAGGACAUGUCACUGAUCAACAGAUAAUGGCUUUGAGCUUCUUGUUUUAAACUCAUUCUGUUCAGCCCUCCCUGCCCCCAACCUUUUUGUUUCAUUUUUUAAAGAAUGGAAAACAAAACAAAGUUCUCCUGUGGAUGGCUUGUCUGGUUCUGCCAGCCUGCUGUGAAUUGGACUGGGAAAGAUUUCUCCGAAUUGAUGGAAAAUUUGGCUUCUAGUUCCACCACAUGUCUAAUUUCUCCUAUGUGCAAUCCCAGAACCGUUACCAUUGGGGAAAUGGAAGCCUGGCCUACUUUCAUUUUUAAGGUUCUGUAAAUGAUUAAAGCUGUGUGAACUUUCUUUUUUCCUGCUGGUGUGUUUGCAGAGAGGUCAGCAGUCCAGGGAAGCAACUGGGAAUGUUUACAUGCUGAUGUUGCAAAGCCUGUUGAAUUGCAUUGCUUGCCUACAGGUUUGAACUUGUGAUGUUUUUUAUCUCUUGGUUUAAGCUCCUUUUUUUCUCCCCUUGGCUUUUGGAGGCAAAUGCCUCCUGGUUAGUUUUAAUUUAAAAAAUCCAGUGUCUAUUUUUGUUACUAAAUUACUUACUUUCCAUGGCCCAGACUGUUCCCUGAGCUCCAGUGAAUGGCAAGAACACUGAGCACAAGGUGGUGUGGGGUGUGUAGGAAUGCUGCCUCUGUUUUGUAAUCUUCCCUUACCCCUCAGGCCCCUCGAAACUCACUCCACAGAGACGCUGCAGGAUUUUGAGGCACGGUGGUAGCAAGAGCUCAUCCUUGCAAAGUUCUCCUCUUCCCCAGCUGUGGAAAUCUCCAGUCAGGCCAUUGCUCUAUAGGAAGAGAGAGAGCAGGCCCUCUGUAGAAUGAGGGAUUUCCUUCCUAGUGAUGGUUCUGCCUGUCUGUCCUCCAGCACCUCUCCUCCAAAGUGAAAAAUAUCCAAAUAAUUGAACUUGAGCCUGCAAGGUGGCAAGGGACCUAACUUCUGCUGAUUUUCACGGGGAAGUGAUCGUUUUGGUACUUACAUUAAGAUUAGGCCUUAAUUUAUGCAAUGGAAUGCUGCUUUAAGGAUGAGGAAGGGUUAGAUGAAGAAAAUCAGCCUUACAAAACAUGGCAGAUCCUUGCCUGGCUUCUAAGUGUUGGUCUUUACUAUCAACAUUUCACGUUCUGUGAUUAAAUAAGUUCUUGAAAAUAGACCCAGCUGCUCUGAAAGUUAGUCUAGUCCUUACCAGUGAAAACAGCUUUGCCCCUUUAUUUUUAGGAUAGGGGUUAUUUUGAAGUCCCCGUUUUGCAUGCCUUUAUUCCCUGCAGCCAAACUAUUAAGAAAAUACUUUCUACUGCUUCAUUUAAUAGAUGUUAACCCAGUGAUUUAUUAGAUUUUUUUUUUUUACCCCACUUCAUUCUUGUAAAUAGCAUGGAUUCAUAAGUAUUUAGAAGACUGAUGUUGGUUUAAAUAGAGGGUUUUACAUAAAAUGUGGGGGCAAGCUACAGUUAUGAAAAACAAAUAUUUUUAUGUUUGGCUUGAAAUUACUCAAAGCUGAUGAGUUUAAAAGAAUCACAAGAAUUAAUUUGCUAUUCAAACAAACACAGAGAGUACAUUUGCAAAGCACUUAAGUGACUUAGGAGUCUAAGUUCCAUUGAAAUGGGACUUGGGUUUCUAAGCCAGCUAGAUGCCUUUGAAAUAUUUUACCCAGAACCUUUUAAGGUAUUAAUUAAUUGCUGACAUUUUAUACACAUUAAAUAACCUCUGGAUUUCUGAGCUGUGGGUUGCAUCAGGAGCCACUUACUGUGGCAAACUCAAAAGGUAGAGUUAACUGCUAGGUGGUUCAUGUUCUUUACAAAGUAGCAUUUGCAAACAUGGAUGCCUUAGAAUUAGCACAGUGCAAAACUUCAGUCUGGUCUGUAUAAAGGGGCUUAUCCUGAGUGCAACUAUUCUAAAAUACUAAAAAAUAAGGGUGUGUUCCUGAAGGCUACUUGAAGUAGUAAUAUCUGCUAUUUGGACCCAGAGUGGCAAAGCAGCUGGAUUGCUGAGAUUGACAGGUCAAAGGAUGCGCACACACAAAUCCUUGCCAUUUUAAUGAAUGAUAAAUUUUGGCUACAAGCAAAUAUUUAACAUUCCUGCAUCUUGCCAUGCACUGCCUUGGGUCUGAUAUUACUAGCUGCAGAAGCUUGUACCUGUCACUGGCUUCACUUCUCAGCACUCUGGGAAUUGGGUGCCCUUAUUUUGUGUGGCUUGUUUGCUUAUUUCAGUGAAUUUGGGCUUGAUCCUGCACUACAGACUCUAGGUGGAGUCUCCUUCAUGUAUUUCAGUGAGAGCAGAGUUCAGCCCUUGCUAAAGAAAAAGCACGUUUGCUACCCAUUUCUCUUGAGCCGCAAUUACUCUGAAUGCAGAACCACCAUUGACUUCUGCUUGUGGAUUUUCUCCAAAAUUGCUGCAGUUGCUAAGGCAGACUUCAGUCCUGCCAAGCAUUGUCUGUCUGUCUGUCUUUGCAGGAUCAGGGCCAAAGUGGUUUGCUGUAGAAAUGAUGCAAGCCAGGGAAUAAACCUGCUAUAGUUUUAAAAUUGGUUUAAAGACAUCAUUUAGAUAUACUGAUGUCUCUCUCUUUCCUUAUUGAACAGUUGAAAAAAAAAAAGACUUUGGAUAUCCAUUAACAAAAAAAAAAAAAAAAUCUGCAUGUAGCACCAUAAACCUAGUUAACAGAUAUUAGGGGGAAGGUAUGAAUGUAAGAUUGAAUACAGUCUGCAGUCUCUAGCCUAAAAGGAUUCAGUAUUGAGUGCCAAGGAAGUAGCACUUUGUGCAUCCCCUUUUAUCUAUGUAGAGUAACAUGAUACAGUUUUGUGUAAUAGAACUGCCAAAUAUCUACUGAGACCUCAUUGUGGUGAUGCCAAGUACCUCUAGUGUGUUCUGAGCAAGUUUUUAUGGGGGAAUUUUGGUUUAAAUUGGCCCUUGCUUUAAAAGGGCUGAAUCCUCCUUUGGUAUAAUGCUUCUGAAGCUGUUUUGCUAGGGGUGUAUAUGACCACGUACGUAUGCUAUCCUAGCAGCCUCUUUUGCAUUCUGAAUCAGGCAAUGUAGUCUGAGGGCUUUUACUUCUCCCCUCAGACUUACACAUUCAUUUCCUUUUUCUGUUUUUCCAGCUUGCUGCUAUGGCACUAGCUAUGUGGCACUGCUCUGUGCACCUCCGAGAGAAGACACCAUAGUCCUGUUCCUCUGGUAGAGUUGGAAAUAGAUGUUGAUGUUCCUAGGGACAUACACUAAAGAGCAGCAAAGGCAGGCUUCAUUAGGGCUAAAAAUCCUAACCCUACUUUCUUGCAGGGCAAACUGAAGGUUAUGCAGCAGAGCAUGCCAACCAUCCGGAAGAAAGCCAAAUUAUGCCUCUGUGAUAAUAGUGUACCAUCGUGUGCAGACAGAUUGGUGGUAUAUGGACCCUUAUGCACUUGUUCUGUUCCAUAUAACCCAAUGCUUGGUGCAAAGGUGAAUGAAAAUUUGCUGGGAUUUCCAGCACUAUUUUAUAUUUUCACUAGUAGUGACCCCUGUUCCCAGUGCAGCAGGUCUGCAGUAUACACCCACACAUGAACUCAGGCAUGCAGGAAAUGGACUGCUUUCUACAUUCAGAAAGCAAAUCCAGAACCCAGGUAGCAAUACCGAAUGGUACUCAUUUUUGUUUUUUUAAAACUCAAAUCCAGAAGAGAAUACUUUAGUAUUUCUGCUGGUGUGACUAACCUCAGCUACAUGGGAAUAUGAUUCUUCUCCUUCUGUGCUGUUAAAUAUUUAUAUUGAAGGCGUCUAGCCAUGGUAAAGCUUCUGGCCAGUUGUGAUUUCACUGAUUAAAAACAAUACAAUAAAAUUAAUUCUGACUGUUA